AUGACUAGCUCAUCAUGCUUAUGGACAAAGGCGCGUGAAAAUCUCCCAGCGGAUGUCAAAGAAUGGUUAGCCUCCCUCGAAUAUGGCAUACAGCCCAGCGCGACCGCGACCGAACAGAUCGAUGCGCUCAUUGAACAAACAACAACAAAGCAGAAAGACCUUGAAAAGUCCAACCACAGGUUUAGAAAGUAUUUUGAUAAGAUCAUUUAUUGGUUAGAUAAGGUCAAAGGAAUUGGUGAUGUCAUCUCUUCCUUCGACCCCGUACAUGCAGCACUCCCAUGGGCUGCAUUUCGCUUCGCCUUACAGGUUAUAUUAGCCGAAAGAGAGCAAACAGAUAGCGUCCUUCAGCUUCUUGCUUCUACCCCGCACUUGGUUUUCUCCGGUCGCGUUCUAGAGAGGGUCUAUACAAAUGAGUCCAUAAAUAGUCAAGGACCUCAGGAAGAGGUCGAAAUCGGUCAACAAUGCAUUGACAGCUUGCACGAUGAGCUUAUUAAACUUUACUGCGCCCUGCUAGGUGCCCUUAAGUACUGCCACUCGAUUGUUAGCCAGCAUAAGGUCAAACGCAAAGCCACAGCGAUAUUUAACUCAUCCGAGGUGGCGAGCAUCCAUAAGGACCUUGCAGCGCAACACACAAAGGUCCUAAGCUGCGGAGAAACCUGUCAUAAAUUCCUGAGUCAUGUCCUGUCGCGCAAGUCUCUCGACUUGUUGGCGCAGGUCCAGCCAUCUCUCGCCGAGCUAGGGGACCGAGUCCGAGAGCUACUUGUACAGAUUGAUGUGUCCGAGCGACGCAAGACACUUGGAGCUAUCUCUUCCGUCAUGUUUCGUUCUCAUCACGAAGAAGUCAGCAGAAAGCGAACUAAGGGUACUUGUGAGUGGAUAUUGAGGAAGAACAAGUUUAUUCAAUGGGAGGAAAGCGACUCAUGCAUUGCCAUUCUCUAUGGGAAUCCUGGAGCCGGCAAAACGUUUAUCAUUUCAAGAGUAAUCGACUACGCCCUCGAGAAGGCUGAAACUAGCGAGGGAUUGGCCUUCUUCUAUUGCAAGAGGGACGAAGAGAAUCGACGAAAUCCUCAGGAUAUCCUCCGCAGUAUUCUUCGUCAGCUAUCCACUCCUGUCCGGGAUAUCGAAAGUGGAACUAUCCACGCCGCUCUCAAGAACCUGCCAAACAAGCUUGCACUCAAGGGCACAACCAUUAACGUGUCAACAUGCGAAAACCUGCUUGGGGAGCUGGUUGAAGAUUAUCCCAGAACCACCAUUAUUCUUGACGCUCUGGAUGAGUGUGACAGAAACACCCGAGAGGAGCUUAUGAGGGUCUUCAGUAAUCUAGCCAGUAGGAGCUCAAAGGUUCGGGUCUUUAUCUCCAGCAGACAUGAUGAGGACAUUCAACGUCACUUCAAGAAUACUCCUAUCAUAGAAAUGCUGGCAACAGACAAUGAGGAAGACAUCGCUUCUUUUGUUGAAGAAAAACUACUGCGCGACUCUCGCUGGGUAGAAAUAAGCCCAGAACUUCAGAAAGAGAUCAAAGCGAGGUUUCACGAGAAAAGCCUAGGAAUGUUCCAAUGGGCAGCACUCCAAGUUGACCAAAUUCGCCGGUUGAAACUAUGGAGUGAAGCAAAUAUUCGACAGCAACUUAGUAUCUCACCUACCGGGCUCGAUGCUGCAUAUGAAGUGGUCUGGAAUCAGAUCCACGAGAUGUCUUCAUACGAACAGCAGCUGGCUAGGCGAGCCUUUCAAUGGACUUUAUGUGCAUUCAGACCCUUGGAAACACCCGAGCUAUCACUUAUGAUGCACAUCGACCCGGACUCCGGUAAGAAAGAAUCCGAUACAGUGUUGGAAGCGGAAACUAUCCAGUGUAUCUGCGGAAACCUGCUAGUCUAUGAUCUGCAGUCCGAAGUUUGGCGAUUCUCACACUUGUCAGCCCGAGAAUAUUUUGAGAAUUAUCAUUUCAACAUCCUUCAAUGUCAUUACCAGGUUACUAUUUCUUCUAUCAAGUUCCUUGAAAGAGAUUUGGUCUGGUUGCCACCCGAUGAAAAGACACAGAUUGUAUCCCCCUUUCGGAUAGUUGCACCGAUCCGGCCGGAUCCGAAUAGUCGCUGUGUUGAGUAUACAGCUACUUGUGACUAUAUUGUAACGAAUGUAUUCCGGCAUGCCCAUGAACUAGAUACGCCUGAAUUUAGACACAUCGAACUGUCAAAUCUUUUACAGAACUUUUUCGAGCCGAUUUCCAAGGGCAGCUCGUCUUUCCAGGCUUGGAGGAGACUCUCGAUAGAAAAGGAAAGCAGUAGAUCGUUUCUCAACACAACGAGUCGAGGAUCGCCAAUCUGGGAAGGGUUAUUGGCUACACCUCUUCAGGUAAUGUCUACUUACGGGCUAUUUUAUAUCUUGAGAGGCUUAUGGGAGAAGUCUGAGGGCGAAUGGGACUCAUUCCCCAAGUGGUUACCAUCUCCCCUUACCCUAGCUAUUGAUCAUGGGCAUGAAUAUAUCUGGAACUUCAUGUUGCUCGCAAAGGCGAACGUUAACAGCGGGAUCCCGCGGCCGUUGACAGCAGCAAUACGACAUGAGGACAUGGAAGCCUUUGAAGCACUGCUUGAAGCUGGGGCAGAUGUGAACAAUGUGUUUCUACAGCCUAGCUCUCUGGAAGCUCUAAGCGACCUAAGAAAUUCUUGCCACAUGGAGCCAGAUGAACCUCUGAAAACUGCGUUGUGGGUCUUCAACAACGAAAGUCGAAGAUAUUUCAUAGAGAGACUCGUUGAUCAAGGUGCAGACGUCAAAUUAAGGACACAGUUUGAAAGUGUUUUGGAGAUCGCUGUCGAGUAUGCCGAUGAGGAAACCGUUGGUAUUCUUCUCAACGCAAAUACAGAGGAGUACAGUCCAGAUCACCUCCUUCGACUGGCAGCUCAGAACAAGAUAUUCAACCUUGUUCCAUUAUUCGUAAAGCUUGGCGCCAAUAUCGAAAAGCCGUGGGAAGGGGUUUUACCAUCAGUGUGGGCAUUGAGGCAAGGGAAUCUACCGAAUGUUCGAUCCUUGUUGGAAAUGUCAGAUACGCAAAUGGACCUGUCCUGUCACAAGACCAGAGAGGCAUUUCUCUCAGCUCUAAAGACGAACUGCGGUACGGAGAUUUUCCCUGUUCUCUCGAACGCUGGGGUCUCCAUAGAUGGCAGAAAAGUUGAGGCCGAUGUCUUUGACCGAGCCUUAACCUUGUAUUCCAGAUACGAGCGCAAACUCCGUCUCUAUCCUGCCCAUGGGCCUUUACCGAGUCCGUACCUAAAGGCCAAAUCCCACCAUGAGCUUAGCUUCUUUGGAACUUUACUCGAGGCCUUGGCAAACUUCUCGGACAGAACUGACGUCGGAUUUGGGAGUGUACUAGCCGGGGCUGCUUUUCAUGGCAGAAUAUAUCAUUGCCGUGCUGUUCUUGAUCACGGCGAGUUUCACACCGAACAGGAACGACAAGACCAAUUUCGGAACGCUUUGUUCGCUGUCAUACGCGGACAUCUGAGCUUUCGAUCUCGGCAAUCUGCUGACGAUUGGUGGAGGCCUCUUGGUUACGAGAUUCUUGAUCCGAGACAUCGCCGGGUUCUACGACUCUUGUUUAAGAGAGGGUUGGAAGUUUACAUGCCAAUCUAUGAUUCAUUGGCACCGUCGCUUCCAGUGGUUCAGAUCAACCUAGCGGGAUAUGAAGUCAGCGAACCAUGUCUCAUGUACGGAAGAGAUCACUACGCAUACUUUUCACGAUUUUGGCUCUUCAUCAUGUGGCAUCUACAGAAUAGCACAUCGCCACAGCUCCCAAUUCGUUCGCAGCUUCGACGAUGGCAGUUUCCUGGAAUGUUAUCGCCUACAUUUACCAUUGUCGCAAACUUGACGGCAGCUUCUGGCGCCCAGUCAAAUUACUUCAUCAAGCUUUUCAUUCGCGGCAAUCAUUCUCAGUUUAUUAUUAGUCCAGCAAGUACGGAAGCUCGCAGGUCAUUGAGUCAUAUAUCAGACGACAAGAGAUGGAAAAGAUAUAAGCCUGAGAGUUUUGGGGUCAUCAGAUACUCAUAUCAUGAUUUAGGAGUUGAAACAUCGAAUACUGAAGAUGCGAUUGCAUCUCGCAAGUUUGAGGCCUAUCAGGACUCACUUCGCGGCAACAAUAUGGUUUGGAUUUUCCUUGCGUUGAUUGUUGGAUUGUUUUCUUGCUUUUUUUGCUCUACCUCUGUCGACCAGGGAAUCUUAGUCAGUAUUUCAAACGUCUUCGAAUAG